ACCUGCAAAAGCAAAAUUUGCGAACCUUGUUCUUGUCAACCAAAUGGAGUGAGAGUAUCUAUGCAAAGGAAGCUCUUGGAAAAGAAAUUGCGAGAUUUAUUAUUGGUCCAUAUUUUUGGAAUGACACUGUUCAAGCACUUAAAGUUGGUAAUCCUUUGGUUAUUGUACUUCGUUUGGUGGAUGGGGAGAAAAAACCACCAAUGGGAUACAUUUAUGAAGCCAUGGAUAGGGCUAAACAAGCUAUUGAAAAGGCAUUUGAUCAUGAUAGGAGGAAAUAGGAGAGUGUUUGAAAUCAUUGAUAAAAGGUGGGAUGAUCAGCUUCAUCAACCUUUACAUGCAGCAGGGCAUAUUUUGAACCCCGGAUUGUUUUACACAAACAAUGAGAACAAGACUUUAGAUUUAAACGUUUGGAAGGGGUAUCAUGCAUGUGUUGCGAAGUUGGUGCCAGAUGAAGCGAUGCAAGACAAAAUAGGGCAAGAGCUUGGUGUGUAUAUGCAAGCCGAUGGAAUUCUUGGAUUAGCUUCGGCCAUUAGAGGCAGAACCAAAUUGGCACCAGUUGAAUGGUGGAUGCAAUUUGGUUAUGAAGUUCCAAACUUGCAACAAUUUGCUAUUAGAGUUCAAAGCUUAACUUGUAGCUCAUCCGGAUGCGAGAGAAAUUGGAGUGUUUAUGAACAUAUUCAUACUAAGAAGAGGAACAAGCUUGAGCUAAAGAAACUCAAUGAUCUCGUGUUCGUAAAAUAUAAUAGAACAUUGGCUCGUCGUUACAAAGCUCGCAAUAUCAUUGAUCCAAUUUUAUUGGAUAACAUUGAUGAAGCAAAUGAAUGGUUAACCGGAGGCCCCGGAAAUCAUGAAGAAGAAGUGUUUGAAGGAGAAGGUCUCACUUUUGGUCAUGUUGCUAUGACAAGUGGAGUUGAAGAGAAUGUUUAUGGUUUUAGGGGAAGUACUUUAAGGAGCAAAGAAAGAGUAUCUACAAGUACAAGUACAUGUAAAAGUAGAACCCUAAUUAAAGAAGCCUCUGAUGAAGAAGAAGAUGAUGAUGACCAAUAUAAUAACUCGAACAUGAUGACACUUCAAGAGUUUGGAGAUCUUGUUGAAGAAUAGGAUGUUGCUCCUUUUGUGAUUUUGUUUUGCAUUUGCUUAAUAUGUUAUGACUUUUGAGGAUUAUUCACUAUCUAGUUUUAGUAUCUAUUAUUUGCUUCUUGAUUCAAGAAUUGAAACAUUUGCUUAAUAUGUUAUUUUUAACGAGUUCUUAGCUCUAUUUUAUUUUUUUAAUUUAUGUGUUAAAUUGCGCUUCACAGCAAAAAAGCGCGCGCUUCGUUUCGCGCUUGAAGCGAGGCCUCGCCGCUUUUUUGCGCUUAACGCUUUCCAAAACACUGCUCAGCACUGAAGAAACCUGCAGAAAUGUCAGUAUAGUGCUGAAAUGCUCAAAUUUGUUCAAAACUCAGCCGUGCUCCUGGGGAUCCCGUCCAAUCAUCCCAACUAGUCCGUGUAUCCUAUACAAACUUGUCCAAUGACUCAAAACACAUCUAGAAGCAUCAGAUGUAAAAAUCAUGAUCCAAACCAAAAUAUAAGCUUUCUUACAUUCUAAUUUCUCAAGAUAGGUCUGUAUCACUCUCAAACCCUUUGGACCACCUCUAAAUCAUUCCAACAAGUUCAAAUAACCUAUAUGGACCUAUCCAAAGGCUCAAAUCACGAAACAAAAUGUAAUCACAAAAGUCAGCUCCAAGUCAAACUUUCAUUUGUUUUAUUAAGAUUAAGACGUCUAAAUCUGAAUAUUAAUAUGUAUAUUAAGAUUAAAACGUCUACAUCUGAAUACACAUCUGGAUGUUAAAAUAUUCUAUUAAGAUCUGAAUACUGAAUAAUUAAAACUCUUUGUUUUCUCCACAUCGGAAUGUAUAAAAAAUUUCUUUAUUUAAACAGUAAUAAAUAUAAAUUCAAUCGAAUAAUACUGAUUAAUUUAAUACUAUAUUUAUAAAAUAUCUUAAAAAAUUAUAUGGUGGUAAGGAUUGGUAGUAAUGGGUGGUGGCUAGUGGUGGUGGUAGUCUAUAAUGAUAGGGUACAUCGAUAGCAGUGGUGGUUAGUGGUGAAGUGUAGGAGUUAUGGCCAAAUGUUAUUUUUUGCAUAAAUUUUCUAAUGUAUAACAUCUUAAUGAUAUUAAGACUCUGUUAUAGAUCUUAAUCACAAUCUAUUCGGACCCAUUAAGUGGUUGUAAAAUUAAAAAAAACUACAAGCAGACUUAAUGGUUAAGAUCUGGAUUAUUAAGAUUUAGUUCUAAAAAACAAAUCCACUUAAUGACUGUGAUCUGAACGAUUAAUAUUCAGACCCCCAUUAGGUGCAAGCAAAUGAGGUCUUAUGAACUCUAAAGUUUUUCAAAUUGCUAAUUUUUAACCAAAAGCGCCGAAUCCUUCCCGCACCAUCGAUCACCCGAUUCGAAUAUAUGUACAAGUUCAAAAUCAUUAUAUGAACCUAUAGGAACCUUCAAAUCACCAAUCCGAGCCCGUUUACCCAAAAUAUUGACUUUGGUCAACUCUUUUAACUUAAAGCUUCUAGUGAGAAACUAAGUGUUCCUAAUCACUCCCGAACCUUUCAGAACCUGAACCACCCGUACGGGCAAGUCAUAAAACAUCAAAUGAAUACACGGGAAGUCUCAAAUAGGGAAAGGGGAUCCUAGAACUCAAAAUGACCGAUUGAGUCAUUACACUUGCACCGAUAACCAUAAAGUAAAUAUAACUCUAGGUCUGGGAGGGUUGUUGAUUAUCAAAUGUCUCCAAUACACUCUAGGCACUGCUCCAAUUAGUUGCAGGUAUACAUGUUUUAUCAUACUCCUGUUAUUAGGUGUCCUGCUUUGCAUAUGUAUAAUCAAUGUUCUUGCCCCUAUUAUCUUUCUCACCAUCCAACUAGCUUGUUGAGUUAUUUUCAUCUGCUCUAUUUCAAUCCACUCAAAUUUGACCAACCCACCCAUUUUCCACCCCUAAUCUUAGACCGUUGUAGCUAGUUCAAACAUGGAAUGCUUGCUUUAGCCCUUCUUAAUGGAGAUCUGAAGUCCUCUAGAUCAAUCUAGCAUAACCUUAUUAGCUUUUUGGCAUACUUUUUUGUUAUAGGAUGCUAUCAAUUUUGUUGUCCUGGUGGGGGAAGGGUUUAGUGCAAAUUGUUUCAAACGAGAUUAGGAUAAUAUUGCAUUGUCUGUUGGAUGAGCGUCCAGUUUUUCACUUUGACCAGAGUUCACUCUUCUUCCUUUUCUGUUUUUGUUUUUGCAUCACCAUGACUUUGCAAAAUCAAUCGGCGUAAGAAUAGCUCAGUCUUUGCUUUUGUGUUAUUUGGUGAUUCCAUAUGACAACAGUUUU